ACGCGUUCCAAGAGAGUUGUUAUCUCCCGAGCUCUGAGUUCGCCUGGGUCCUUUUGUGGCGCCGCUCGUAAAAGACAAACAGACCCAAGUCUGUGCCCCGAGUUAGUGCCGGAGUCUGAGUCUCUGCCAGUUAUGUGUAGACCAAGUUAUGGCACAUUGCUGCUUAUCGCGGCAUCCUGCUACGUUCUCGUCUCCAGCCAGGCCAGGACCUUGCAGGGCACAAACAAACUGGAUUUGGCAAAUCACAUCAGCGUAGGCCCUGCCAGAGGAUCAUCGGCAGGGGGAGCCGCCUCAGCCUCAGCCUCGGCUGCAGGAGCGGUGCGGGCUGCGAUGACGGAAGCGCGCCAUAAGCGGGCCAUGGGCGAGUACAAAGAGCUGACUGACAUCAUUGACGAGCUGGAGGAGAACAGUUUGUCGCAAAAGGCUGCGGCCGUGGCUCCGUUGCCGCCGCAGGCCCAGGAAUUCGACUUGGAUAGCAUGCCGCCAUUGACCUACUACCUGCUGUUGCAGAAGCUGCGACAAUUGCAAAGCAAUGGCGAGCCCGCUUUUCGCGUGCGCACGCCACGCCUUGGACGCAGCAUUGACUUCCAGCAACUGCUGGACGCCGGCGGGGCCAGCGAGGAGGCGGCUGGCGGGCAGUUCAUGUCGCGCAUGAUGAAGAAAUCGGUGCCGUUCAAGCCUCGCCUGGGCAAACGUGCUCAAGUAUGCGGCAGUGUUAGCGGCGGCGGCGUUGGCGGUGGCGGCGAUUGAGUCACGGCAAGGACACAAGGACACAGAGCAGCACGGAAACGAGGAAACGAGGACGAUACCCAGGACAAGGUUGAGGCCACGCGCCCGGCCCCAUGAACUAACUAAACCCACAUCAUAGCCAGCCGAAUUCGACGCGACGCGACGCAUACACAGCGCCUAUAAUACACAUAUGCAUACUAAAUAGGAUCUACAUAUAGCCAUGUUCUAGGAGUAACUAAUGAUGUACAU